UGGCGAGCCAGCAUCACCAGACGAGAUUGCGUCCGCCAUGGACCUUCACCGGCCUCUCAGGUCACUGGCGCUUUUGAUCUUCGUGCUGGCCACACAUUUCACUACGUCUCAGGCUAGACAACACCAAAUAAGGCACGCUCGACAAAAGAAAAUGGUCAACAACACCGAAUUCGUUUCAGAAAAUUAUGUGGUGCUGGACGAGCGACCCGACUUGGGGCCGUGGAGCGACUGGUCAUUACCCAGCUCGUGUUCUCGCUCGUGCGGAGGCGGAGUCGCCUUCCAGAGCAGAAAGUGCCGGCCAGGAUCUGCGUGUCAAGGGCCGGAAAAACGCUACUUCUCCUGCAACACAAUGGUACCGUACGACUCGAGUAUUUAAAAUGAGUCUUGUGUGCUCGUCGGUGGUCCAUGGCGACCGUAAAAAACAACUUUAGCAUUGGCCACCCGUGCCGAACAAUUAAUAACCCCGAGAAUGAACACAACCAUCCACUGAACUUAAUAUGUUCAAAAUAUUUUUUGUGUCUUAUCGCGUGCUUUCAGCUUUGUCCACCGGGCUCGAAGGACUUCAGGUCGGAGCAGUGCUCCAAGUUCGACACCCAGAACUUUGAAGGCGAUUUAUAUGAGUGGAUUCCAUACACCGAAGGGGCGAAUAAUUGCGAGGUCAACUGCAAGCCCAGGGGAGAGCGCUUUCAUAACGGAUUUGCGAAAAAAGCCGUCGACGGCACGAGGUGCAAUGAUGAGACGCUCGACGUGUGUGUUGAAGGCAAAUGCAUGCCCGUCGGCUGCGACUUGUUUCUUGGAUCUUCUUUGCGUGAGGACAAGUGCAGAGACUGCGGCGGCGACAACUCGGGCUGCAUCACCAUCAGCGAGAUCAUUUCCUUUGAAACCGACUUGAGUGAUGUUGAACGUGGUUACAACGACCUUCUUCUAAUACCCGCUGGGGCAACAAAUAUCUUUGUUAGGGAGCUAAAUCCAACCAACAAUUUACUUGCAAUUAGGAAUGAAAACAAUACUUACUACCUGAAUGGAUGCUACCUUAUUAACUACCCCGACCGUUACCAUUUUGCUGGAACUGUUUUCCAUUAUGAGCGCCAACGGAAGAACGUCUGGCUUGAGUCUGAAGUUAUUCGAGCAUUAGGACCAACAAACGAGUCACUUUAUAUCGCACUACUGUACCAAGAAAAGGGAGAAGGCAUUGAAUACGAGUAUAGUUUCUCCAAGGAUGAGCAGUCAGGCGAUUCGGAAAACUACUAUUGGGUCACGCACGAUUUCUCGGAGUGUAGCUCCCCGUGCGGAGGAGGUAGUCAAAACCGCACGCUGGGUUGUGCCAAGAAGAGCGACAACUCGACCGUGAGCCAGCGACUGUGCAACCCGGUCAAACGACCCGCUACAACACAAGGGUGCAACGAGGAGACCUGCGAUCCCAAGUGGUUCAUCAGCCCCUGGAGCAACUGCAAGGGAGGAAACCAAUUCAGGCAGGUUUACUGCCUCAAGAAAAUUAGUAACACCAGGCUGACGGUUAUCGAGGAUGAUGAGUGCAUCAAGAAGCACGGCGAGAAACCCAUCGCUACUCAGCCGUGCAAUGAAGAGUGCAACAAAGGCAAGCAAUGCAAAUCCUUCUCGGAAGACCAUGAUACCACCGUGAAGACGACUGAAUCUACAACAAUCAGCAGUGAAGCUUCGACAGCAAAGAGUGAACCAACAUCUUUCCAAAUGGUUCACCCCAUAACAACCCCAGUCGAGAAGCCUGGAGUGUGUCCCACGGUAGAGGAGGAAGCAGGCAAUUGCACACAUACCUGCAGAGAGGACGCAGACUGCGGUGGCAAAGACAAGUGUUGUUACAACGGCUGCGCCUACCAGUGCAGCCUCAACCCGUACGCUGUUGACGUAACACCACCGCCCGUGACGACAACGCAAGCGCCUGAACCUGAACCUGAGCAACCAACUACUCCAGAGCUACAAAUUCACCCGGACUGCAAAGACAGUCUGUUUUACGCACAGUGCAAGGUUAUCGUCAAGGGCAAAUGCUGCACGCACAUGCUUUACUCUUCCUUGUGCUGCCGCUCGUGUACCGAUGCUGGUCAACUGCCACUCGACGGUGCUCACCUGUACGGCGGCUCCUCCCGAAAAUAAUUAUUGCACAUUGCACUAGUCUUUGCACUAUACAGACAACCUGAAUAUUUGUCGAUUCGCAACGUACACACUGAGACAGAGAAAUUAAAUUAGCACUCCAAUGCUGUUCGAACGCAGAAUUUAACUAUUAUUGGAAAGGUAGCUCUGACGAAAGUCUUUGCGCCGAUGCCGAUGCGAUCAGAGCAGAAAAUGUGUUCAACCUAUGCCGAUUAGCAGAAAACAUCUUUUCUGGCUGCUACUGGUGUCGAUGAUCAUUUAUUUCUCAGCGUAAAAUCAAUCAAUAUUUAUGUUUCUCUCCCGCACCCGGGAAAAGCUAUAGUUUUAUCUCUUUUGUUAAAUUUACGAAAUUUACCUUCGCCCUAAGACAUUUUUGAUGAAAAGUGAAUGAAUAAAUGCUUUUAAUUGUGCCUUGA